UCCCAGUUUCAAGUGCCGAGUUUCAGUUGCUUCGACAGCGCAUUUAGGAAGAGAUUCAAACCUCCCGAACGGACUACUCCCAACAUUCAGUAGCUAUUCACAUCGCACCGUGAACGAACCUUGCCAGGAAGCCAGGAUGUGGUGCAUACGCUCGAUCAACCUACUGCUGGUCGCUGUAACGUUGCUCAUUCCAACGACGUACGGUUUGCAGUGCUACAGCUGCAGCACCGACGGUAGUGAUCUAAAUUGCGAUGACAUCAGCGUGUUGGAGACCAUCACUUGUCAGGCGUUCAGCACUAACCAUCCGGUACAACCUGUCUGCGGGUACAAACGACUCGUAGAAAGCUCCAACACGUCCUCGGAGCGAAUCUGGCGUGGUUGUGCCAUCGGAGGAGAGUGCGCUCUGCUAUCCCGACAGGGCAACGAGGCGUUUAAUUCACUGUACCAAAUGGCCGCUUGCGAGGAAUGCAACGAGAAUGAUUGCAACGGCCAGCGUAGUACCGGGCUGAGGGCAUCCAUCGAUGGGGUAACGUGGUGGUGUACAGUUGGGUUAGUUGUGGCAUUACUGUCGAAAACAGGAUAAUCACUUCAGGGUAAAUAAAUCAGAAUACUGUGAGCAAUCGAGUUAGAUAUGAUCCGAUCCUAAGUCGGAGAG